AUGACACGGACCGUUCCGAGAACAGGAGUUAGUUGGAGAUCAUGCGAAGAUAGCUGGGUGCGGGAAUUGGAAGAGGGCGAGUAUGAAGUCGAAGAAAUUUUAGAGAGUCGUACAGGCAAGAAGACUCGGUAUGGGAGGCAACAACGAGAAUUCCUCGUGCAAUGGAAGGGACACCCUGAACCCUCGUGGGUGGACGAAGUGGAUCUGAAUUGCGGAGCCUUACUCCGGGACUUCGAGCGCAAGAAGACAAGCCAUAACCGCUUCGAAGUAAUGCAAAGCCAUGAAAAGUAG